AAAAUGGGCUUAGGAAAACAAGGGAAAUUAAAUAUGAAGGAAUUAAAGAUGAAAGUGGAGGUAUGAUUGAUAAAGGCACCCAUGGAGAGCAGACCCGAGAGGGACACAUGCGACAAGAUGGGCAGGACAAAGAAAAUAAAUUGGAUCGAUCUUCCUUCCGUAACAAAAAGGGGGAUGAGAAGGACGGAAAACGAUGUAAGACACGAGAUUUGGACAACUCCAAUCAAGAUCAAAAUAUUGAGGAACAGCCAAAUGCUGGUGGAGUGGGUGUUAUUGUGUCAACUCGUUGUGAGGUAAAUAAUCCAGAAAAGGCUACACAUGCACAAGACAACUGCAUAGAGGAGAAACAUUCAGACAGCUUCUUUAGAGAGUCUAGUCGUCAUAAUGGGGAGGAAGGAAUGGAUUUGAGUGUAUAUUCCUCUCAUCAUGAAGUUCCCCAGAAAUCUAACUUUGGGCGGUCUGUCCCUCAAAAUCAUCCCCCCUCAGGUCCUCAAAAAUAUGGUUACCAAGAGUCACCACAUGGUGCUGCCAUGGGUUUGAAGAAUAGAGGGAGACCUAGUCCAGGGAGUGUAACGGGAUCAAAUUCAAGGUAUCAAGGCUUCCAUCAGCCAAAGCCCAGUUAUGGCCCUGAACACACCAAGGAUGUCACGGGUACUACAGUUGAGGGAUCAGUGAGGAGAAGAGAAGGAUCAGGAGCAAGAGGACAUGAUGAUAAUUCUCAACUGCAGCAUCAAUUUCCAAGCCUCUUGCAGGAGGUUCUACAGGGUUAUCACUUAGACCGGCGCUAUGGGCGAUCUGAACAGGCACUAACUGCCCAUCUCCAGGCUCAAAAUAUGACUCGGCAACAGUACCAAACCAGGCAUCCUUAUGGCAUGGCUGAAAGUAUGAGAACCCAAACUGGAGUUGGAGAGGUCACUUCCCACCCCUCCCGAAUGACCAGCCCUGGAAAGCCUCUUCAACUAAAUCAGCGCCAGGGGCCUGGAUCUGAUUUUGUACCAGAAUCACCUCAACCCUCUUUGAGGUCUGAAGGAGUAGAUACUAAGGGAUCUCACAGUGCUUCUUCAGAGAAAAAUAAAAUGGCAACACCGCAGCGUCACCCCACCCAUAUGCCACAGUCUACAGAGUUUUUGUCUGGACCUCCACCAAAACACAUCAAUUUAGCCGACUACUCGUUACCUCACAGGAAACCCCCUUCAGGUCUGCCCAGCUCAUCAUCAGCUGUACAGGAACUCCUAUUGCAGGAAACAGAGCCGCUAGCGGGCAGUGUUGGAACCAUAGGUCAAAUUGAGUCUCAAAUGUUGACGUCUUCCCUUUUACCUCCAUCUAAAGAGCGCCGCUCUGUCAUAUGUGAUGUUUGUCCCAAUCGCCGCAGUACACCAGAAAGGGAUGGGGAACGUGAAAGAGAGCGGGAAAAAAGUCAAAUUGGUGCCUCUGUGAUCCAACUGCCAUCAACAAAUGAUCUAGGGAACAGUAAGGAGAUAGGAGAUAAAAAAGAGGUUGGAAUGAAGGUAGCAUUAAAGGAGACUGCAGAGGCUGUCCAUCAUAGUGGUCUUACAACCAAGGAAACUGAUGUUGAGCAUCAUAACAAGGCUUUCCACCCAUCUGUGGUUAUGAAUGCAGAGCCUCUUAGAAGAGGUAAGAUUGAUUUGACCACCACCAUGCCUUCUCGACAUCUGCAGCAAACCUCUCACUAUCCCUCUACCACCAACCCUCUGUCUCCACCAUCAAGACGUCAGUCAUACCCACAUGGUGUAGAUUUAUCUACAGGGCAUGCCAGUGGCUUUCCUGGUUCCAGGUUUGGUGAUACAAGAGAGGGCAAUAUGAUGCCACGUAACCCCCAUUUUCACAAUCCCUACCACUCACCCCAAGUUCAAUUACAAAACCCACAAUCCGCAAACAAAUUACAAAUGUAUACUCACCUCCAUGCUCAUGACAUGGAUGACAGACUUGAUUGGGCAGCUACCAUUAAUAGACCCACCAAGGAUAUGAUGCAGUCCAGUACUUCUCCAGGUAGACAUAAACUCAGUCAUUCAGAGCAGAGACAAAGGAUGCAGUCUCCAACUGACAUUUUGCACAAUCGCCAACCGUUCGCUAAACAGCAAGUUCCUCAUCAGAACACUUACUAUGACAUGAAAAUGUGGGAGUCAACAAACUCUGGUAGAGAGAGUGUAGGGAUGUUGGAGGGGGACCCUUACCAGAGAAGUCAACAGCCACCUCCUGCUGCUCCUCUUGGGUCUGUUGCCCCCCAAUUGGUUCCAACAGCUCCACCAGUCUCCAACAUUCUUGAAUCACCUGUUUCCCAAGUGGUUACAGAAGAAAUCUUUAAAUCACUCCAUCCAUUAACUACACCUAAUUCCAUGAAAACAGUUGGUCACAGUAUUGGUGGGAAUGUCAAUUCCGUGAUGCCACAGAGCCAUCGACCAAAUAAAACUGGGGGUUCUGGGGACACUAAUCCAUUAAUGUUGAGGAGGAGAGUUCGAUCUUUCAUUUCCCCUAUCCCAGCCAAGAGGCAGCAUCAGGAUGUAUCACAGCAAAGGACUGCCCCUAGUUCAUAUCACUCACCUUUGACCUACUCUGAAUCCAGCCUCCAAAAUGACGAUGACUCAUCCAGUUCAGAUAUAACUACACUUGGUUCGCCUAAUACUCCUUGUCCCACACCUGGACAAAGCACUUAUUCACAAUCCUCCUCACCUGUUCAGGGUAAAAAGAGUAUGCCUCCAAGAAAAGGGAGAGGUUUAAAACUGGAGGCUAUUGUUCAGAAAAUUACACCAAAUGUGAAGAAAUCUACUAACAGUGGCCAUACCGAUGUUGACUCAAAUGAUUUUGCUGGAUUUUCUAACACUGAAAUGUCACAGUUUACUGACACACAGGACGAAGAGGAAUGUUUACCUUAUCUCGAUGAAAGUCUCUCAUUAAGUGACAUUAUGCCCUACAGAGGAGUUGAUGAGACUGGACCGUUACCUCCCACCGCAUACCCCUGUGAUCCUCACCAGACAUCACAAGUUCUUAAACGUGGCACCACAGGAACUGUUACAAGACCUUUGCAGCCAGACUUUGACUUUGGGUUAGGGACUGUAGCAUCUAGUACUGGUGAUAGAGAUAAAGAGAUACCCGCUGACUUCACCUUGUUAGGGCCCUUACCCCCACCUCCACCACUACCUUGUCCAGUACAGGGCUCCCCCCCACCUUCUUCAUCUGCCUUGUCAGAUAUUCAACAUUUCACUAAUACUUACCAGCAACUUGAGACUCGAAGAGGUGAACAAUCUGCUGCUAACCUUCUGAGACAAAAACUUGAAGAAACUGGGAUUGGAUUUGAUGAUUACAGUAGCAGUGACUAUUAUGGAACCACCCCACCACACCACAGUCAGGCUCAAGGGCACUUACUAAGACAGCCUCAUCAAACUUCUCCAAGGUCAUCUUUGGCAAUGACAGGAUCACCACAAGAUUCCAAACAGUCAGACAAUUCUGUACCCAAAGGCUAUUUCCCAUCAGGCAAGAAGAAGGGAAGGCCUGUUGGAAGUGUGAAUAAGCAAAAACGUGCUCAAGCCACCCAGUCACAGAAUGCGAGCCCAAGUGCUCUGUCUGGCCCACCCAUUCAAUCUCCUGCAACUGUUAGCCCACAGGUAGCCCCAAGCCCUAGCACUACAGCCUCUGCCCCAUCAGUCACUCCUCCAACUGAUCAGAAAAUGACUCCUCCUGAGAUUCCACCAGUCUUGACCCAAGCAGUAAAAGUGGAUGCUGAAAGUGAGGACACUCUGCCAGAGACGGAGGUGAAAUCAGUCUGCCAGAAACAAGGGGGGGUGAAAGACGAGAGUGAGGUAGUGGGAUCAAGAGGCAGGCAGAGAAGGAGGAGAAGAGGAGUAGCAGCAGCAGCGGCGGCCAAAGAUGACCUGGAAGCGGCUACAAGAGCAGGGGAACAUUUUGAUAACAGCAGAGUUUUUCCUGAUAAUAGCAAGUGUGCCUUUGCUCCAUACAUACAUGUGGAGAGGAAAGUAGCUGAGAUAGGAGCCGUGUGCACAAUUGUGAAUGGUGAAGAGGAAAAGAUGAAGGGAGAGCGUGGAGCGGUUGGAGGGAAAGCAAGCAGUAGUGGUAUUGAAGCUCUUUUGACCUCAGCUCUUUUGUCUCAACUGCCUAGAAGAGACGGAGAAAUUGAGAGGGUCAAAGAGAAGAGGGAACUGGAGGAUGUAGACUCUGCCCUCCAGGCAGGAAAGGUUCUACCUUCAUCUGAGUACCUUCUACCAGGCCCUGUGAUUACUGAAUCCAUUCAUUCUGGCCGUCUUCUCUGCUGCCUGUGCCAGAAAUGGGCCAAUUACAAAAACCUUGGGGAUCUCUAUGGACCUUACUACCCUCCUGAAUAUGCUACGAGGCUUCCCAAGAAUCAACCCCAGAUUCGACAGAGUCUUGUAACUACUGGGAUGAGUAGAAAUGUGCAAAAUCUAGACACCAUUUCAAAUGUGUUGACCACCCAGGGCCCUGAACUGCAAGAUGUGCCAACUAUCAAGUCCUCAACUUAUAGUGAUUGCAUGUUCAGUCAAGAGACAAAUACAACUUCCCCUGCCACUGCUGUUGGCACUGCCUCUCCAGCAGGUGGAGGGGAGAUGCUUUAUCUGGCCAGCAAACUUGCUAAAACCACCACCAACAAGACAACAGUUCUUAAUUGGGACAUGCCUCCAGAGUUAAAACCAGUUACUGAGCUAAGGAAACAACCUGAACUUCAGAAUGAGCCCACUUACAGUCAGCAAAACCAACCAUGCCAGCAACAGCAGACAGAAGACACUCAACAAAGGCCGCAACACAGAAAGCUGACGUCGCACCCGAGAUUUAAAAGGAGACAGAAAUCCAGUGAGAAUGCCCCAAGAAUGGUGCCAUCCAACAGCAAAGCCUCAUUGCCAUUCCAGCCCCCUCCCCCAACCUUAGACUCCCUUGGACCUUUGGCACAGCUGGCCCAACUUCCUCAGAUGCCUAUGGACCCAGAGGAGCUGUGGGUGCAUGAGGCAUGCAUGGUCUGGACCAGUGGGGUUUACCUGGUCAAUGGAAGACUGUAUGGCCUACAGGAGGCACUAGAUGGUGCCAGAGACACAGUUUGCUCAUAUUGUGAAAUGGUUGGCUCAACCCUCGGCUGUUACAGCAAAGGCUGCACACUGAGAUAUCACUACCCGUGUGCCAUGGAUGCAGACUGCUCUCUGAAUGAAGAUAACUGUUCACUACGAUGUCCGAAGCACAAGGUAAAAAGGGAGAGUUUCCCCAGAGCAGCCAGCCAGCUAAAUCUGUGUACCCUGAGCAGUCUGAGAGAGGCUGAGAGAGACACUGAGGAGGAAGAGACGCAGGAGUAUAGGAUCGGUAUGCUUGGACGAUGAGGAUUGUCAGUGAAACAAACAGCCCUAAACAGGAUGGGACGUGCAUCUUUUGACGGAUGGACUAUGAUGACGGAGAGAAAAAAGAGGAUUGUAAAAUCUCUGAACAGGAAUGAACUUUAAAUCAUUUAAGAAAAAGAAAAAGUCCUUACUUUAAAAAGAAAAACAGAUCAAAGCAACGUUGAGGAAGACUAAAAAGGAAGACCAAGGUGGGACAGAACGAGACAUUGCGAGUGACAGAACAGAAAGGAACUUCCUCUUAAAAGAAACAAACAGCCUCUCUAGGCAAACUUUGCAUUUCUGGAAAUACUCUCAAACUCUUCUUUCCAUCAUGGCUCUAGUCAUUUUAUCUAUCAUGUUUUUUUGUCCAAAUGUUAUGAAUCAGAGUAUUGGGAACAACCCACCCAGAGGACUAUAAGAGAGCGUUGGGGUGAAAAGUUGACAUUAUAGUUGGAAGGAAAGGAGAGGCAAUGUAUCUACUUCAUGUAGUAUUUUAUCAUAACCUUCAUAAUCAUUAUUUUAGUUAUCAUUAUUUUGUAUCUGCAUCAGUAUUUACUGAAAUAGAUUUAUCUCCAUUUAUAUUUUGUUAACAUUUAUCAAACAUCGGAUAUUUUAUCAUUCCUGGAGAGGGAGGUGCCAGAAUGACAUCAUUUGGAAUGUCAAGGCCGAGUCAAGGCCGCAAAGACAUUGUUGCCUUGGAAAAUGGACAUUUGUUGCCUUUCAAAGUGCGAAUGUAUAAGAGUGAAUGUGUGUGAAAAUGUGGAUUUGAGUGUCCAUUUUUGGUCCUUUGAAAAGUGUUCUUAUUUUUCAUCCUUGGGGUUUUUACGGUACAGAUAGUAGUCAUGAAAAUCGAAUGGACAUGAUCUUAUUUUUCAAACAAAAUAUUCAUAAUGUGCUGAGAGAACAAUUGAACCCUGACAGGAGGAGAUCACAAUAUUGACUAAUGCAUGCCUGCCAUCUUUGACCAUGUUGAUUGGGAGAAGACGUCACUUGACAGGUAAACCAAGUGUUGACGUUGUGGUGGACCUUGUUCAGUAUAUGGGUGGGGUUUUAUGUGAAAAGAAAGUCACAUUUGGCUGACAAAAUUCUAACGAGCAUUACCAAAACCUUUUGGAAUCUAGAGGGUUUUUGGAAUGACUGGGACUGGGAGUACCCACCUUUACUGUGGAACGAGGAGUCAGUAUAUCCCGAGUACUUUAAUAGGUUCAUUUCUCAAUGACACUUAAGAUAUGGAUCAAGAGAUGCUAAAUGCAUUCAAAAGAAGUGUUGCCAUAAACUAAACAAGUGAGUCGUACCUGGUGUUGUCUCAUUUUUUAUUAUUGUACUUGUAAAAAAAAAAAAAAAUGUUGAACUGAAAGAAAACAAGUAUGAUAUUGAAAACAUGCUGUAUUAGAAACCUGUCAAUAUGUAUAUGAACUAUGAAUACACUUACUAAAUGCUUCAAAGAAUGCUAUCCUUUUGAAUA